UGGCAAGUAAACAGUUCACUUCCUGUGCUUUUUGCGGUAUUCAGAUCCGUCUCACUCAGUCUUACGUUUUGUCAACCUGGGCGUCCUCGGACAGUGCAGCAGCCUCUAAUUCGUCCCCCAGGCCGGUGUUAGUGCGAGGCGAGGAGGCCGUGGUCUCACAUGAGGAGAGGGCUUUGCUGAGGAGCCCCCGCAGCCGGACAGGAGAGAUGACGGCUGGGCUGCUGUUGGUGUUUGUCGGGGGGCUGCUGGAGGUCUGCGGCGGCGUCUCAGCAAACAGAGGGGGGUACCCCUCCUUUACAGACGAGAUCCCUUUCAAAAUCACCUGGCCGGACGCUGAGUUCACGCUGCCAACUUCGGGGGCACUUUACAACGAAGAGGACUUUGUCAUCAUGACAACGACCGAGAAGGAGAAGUACAAAUGCCUCCUGCCCUCCCUGACAGCCGGAGAAGAGGACAAUGAUAAGGAGUACAGCGGGCCCAGUCCGGGUGAACUGCUGGAGCCGCUGUUCAAACGAAGCAGCUGCUCCUACAGGAUUGAGUCAUACUGGACAUAUGAAGUAUGCCAUGGAAAGCACAUAAGACAGUAUCAUGAGGACAAGGAGACUGGUCAGAAACUUAGUGUUCAAGAGUACUUCCUGGGGAAUAUGGCACAGAAGAGCCAGUCAACAGAGACAGAUAAAGCUGAAGAGGCAGAAAAUGUCAAAUCACCAGCUGAAACAGAGGUACCCACUAAGAACAUAGAGGGUCAGCUCACUCCCUACUACUCGUUGGAAAUGGGAAAUGGGACUCCUUGUGUAUUGAAACAAAACCAGCCUCGCUCCACGUCUGUGCUGUACGUCUGUCAUCCAGAGGCCAAGCAUGAGAUCUUGUCUGUCGCUGAAGUCUUGACCUGUGAAUAUGAGGUGGUGGUGUUGACACCGCUGCUUUGUGCUCACCCAAAGUACAGGUUUAAGUCGUCCCCGGUGAAUGCCAUUUUCUGCCAGGCUCUGGCCGGCUCCCCGCUGCGGCCUCAGCGGCUCGCCCAGUUGGACAAGGAGCAAGAGGAGCAGCUUAAACCGCCUUUCAGCGCCGCCCCCGAGGCCAGAGAGGAGGAGGCGCCACCACUGAGAGAGGAAGCCUUCACCUCCACUCACAAACCCAUGACUGUUGGAGGGCAGUCUCAGGUCACUGUCGGCACCACUCACAUCUCCCGUUUGACAGAUGACCAGCUAAUCAAGGAGUUCCUCAGUGGCUCAUACUGUCUGCAUGGGGGAGUAGGGUGGUGGAAAUAUGAAUUCUGUUACGGAAAGCACGUCCAUCAGUACCAUGAGGAUAAAGAGCAAGGAAAGAACACUGUGGUGGUGGGGAGCUGGAACGCCGAGGAGCACGUUGAAUGGGCCAAGAAGAACGUCGCCAGAUCCUACCAGCUCAAAGAUGACGGAGUGCAGAAAGUCAAGUUGGUUUCUCACUUUUAUGGCCACGGGGAUGUUUGUGAUCUGACAGGGAAGCCCAGACAGGUCAUUGUCAAGCUAAAAUGUAAAGAGUCUGAGUCUCCCCAUGCUGUCACUGUCUAUAUGCUGGAGCCUCAGACUUGUCAGUACAUCCUUGGGGUUGAGUCUCCAGUCAUAUGCAGGAUUCUGGACACUGCUGAUGAACAUGGACUUCUGUCACUCUCCAGCUAAACUGAAAAAGAUCAUGUGGCAGCAACGGCACAUGAAGGACAAGGAGAGGACAGACAGAGAUAGGUAUACAUGAAGAGAGAGGAAACUUAUGAUAAAACAGAAGCCCGUUUGGUUGAGGUAGAAAGACGCCCAUGACACUGCGCUAAAAGCCAAAAAUCAAGGUUGAACAGAGGUUAGACUCGAUCCUGAGGCUGGACUUCAUGUAGCCCAGGAGCACGGCCCCAGCCCAUGCCCUGAUCUGUGCAAUGGACAAUGCUACAUUACAGCCUAAUCCGGCAGGAUAGCUCAGACUUGGUAAAAACAGUGAAAAGGGGCUGACGUCUCACUCCACAAGCCAGUGGAUUCAUUGCCUGUACUUCAUAUCUAUGCUUCACUUUGUGUUGAUUAAUUGCAAGUAAAUGAGUGACGAAUCAGGGGAUUCGUAAUUAUCAGGGGAAUCAUAAAUAUUCAUGGUGGUUUUAUUGUCUUUAAGGUCUGUGUGUAUGUAUGUGUGUGUGUGUGUGUGUGUGUGUGUGUGUGUGUGUAUGUGUGAGAGAUAUAAAAUGAUUAGCUGUUUUACUGUGGCACUUUGUACUUGUAGAUAUGAGAAAAAGCAAGUCUGAAAAUGUUUUUGCAGCAGUGUGAAUGUGUGCUGUGUUCAUUUACAGGAUGAGUGAGUGUAACUUAUGCAUUAGAAAGUGUUGUGGAAUAGCAACAAAAGUGAGUGGUUGAUUAAAAUUUCAUAUUACGUUUGUAG